CCCCUUCCUUAAUGCCCUUGCAGCCACCUGGAAAGCUGGCCACAAAGGAGCUUCAAAAAAUCCUUGACUGUGAAGUCACUGUCACCAGAGCACCAUCAUUACCAGCACCAGUACAUUCACAUGGAACUCGAAUAGCAAAUGCAGAAAAUGAAGCACCAGAGAACACAUUACAACAAACACAACUUAUACAUGAAUCAUCAACAUAUGCAAAAUAAUGAAGCAACAGGAAGCAUAUUACAUGAAAUACAAACACAACCUCUAAAUAACACAUCAACACAUACAAACAUCACAUUAGACAUAAACCAAAUGUCACAUCUCAUCAACACUCCAGAAAUGUGUGAUGGGAGAACCCCAGGUCAUGCCACAGAGGGGCAGUUCCAGAGCCAGCUUAUCUCAGACAGCCAGCUUAUCACAAACAUAGAACAUCAGCCAGAUGAUGGGACUAAUACUACUCCUGUGGAAUUCCCAUUAACAGAAUUCAUAAAUGCCCAAAUCAUCCAAGAGUCAGAGGAAAGACCACCACUGGAUGGACUUCUGAAGCACCUGUCUUAA